CUUCUGUUCGUUAAAUAUAUACUCCUCCACCACCUCACUCCCUCGCCUUCUCAUUCACCAACCCAGCAAAGCUCGAUCGACCACGUGAUCGAGCUCGAUCUGCUCGCCGCCGGCGGUGACCAUCAGCCAUGGGCAACUGCCUGCAGAGCGGCGGCGGCGGCGCGGCGGCGUUGGGAGACGGGAAGAUGAGCAUGAGGAGGAGAGUCUGCGGCGGCGGUGGUGGUGGGGAGGAGGAAGACGAGGCUGCAGGGUCGUCGUCGUCGUCGUCGGUGAUGAAGGUGAAGAUGGUGCUGACGAAAGCCGAGCUGGAGUGGCUCAUGGCGCAGCUCAAGGCCGGCGACCGCCGCCUCGAGGACGUGCUCCAGGAGAUGGCCCGCAAGCGCAACCGCGGCCUCCUCACCACCGCCGCCGCCGCCGGUGACGCCUGCGCCGCCUGCGCCGCCGGCGCCGGAGGAGGCGACGGCGCCGACGGGUGCUGGCGGCCCAGCCUGGAGAGCAUCGUCGAGGGCCCCGAGAUGAGCUCCUUCAGCUUCGACUACUGAACUGAUCGCCAGUGUGUCAAAGAGCUAGAGCCUUGUUAAUUACGUUAAUUACCUUGCUAAUUACGUUUAGAGCACGGUAAUUUUUCUUGUUAGCAGUGCAUGGCCGUCUUUGCUUGCCAUGGAUGAAUCAUGAAUGGGAUGAUCAGGGAAGGAUAAAUUUAACUCUUGUCCUAAUGGCUAGAGUUAUGAGUUACUACUUGGAGUUGUAGCUAGGGGUAAUUAAUCUAGGUCGGCUCCUUGCUGCUUUUGAGUUAAUCUUUGCUUAACUUUUUUUUUCAUUUUUGUAUAUACAGUGUACUAUCUCUGAGAAGUAGUAGAAAUACUCUUGUAGUCUUGUAUACUUUAUUACUUGUAUGCUCUUUCUAGUUCUUCUUCUUUGAUAAUUCUAGCUCUCUGCUAAUUGCAACUCUCUUUUGUAAUUUUUUUUUCCUCUUGCCUAAUUAAUUCUGGAGUUCUUUUGCUGCUA